GAGCCAUUCUCAGGAGCGAGUCCUUUACACUGCACAUCGGCAAGAGGAGGAAAUUGCAGGCGUUACUUAAAACGCUGCCUUUUGAUGACCCGCUUUGAAUUUGGACACUUGUAGACCAGAUUUUUGGUGUUUCAUGAGAGGGCGGGCGAGCCUCUGGACUCAAACUUGAAGAGAGCGCAAGACACACCUGAAAAUAGUGGUGGAUAUCCUUCCUGCAACUGUUCAUGCCAACAUUACAAAAACUAGUUCUUAUCACCACUACUUUCGCCAGCCGAGCAGAUCAAGAGCAGGCUCCAAUUUCUGCGCUGUGAAAUUGAAUCAGAGGAACAGAGAGGCAAAACAGCAGAGGCAUUGUAUCUCUGCAAUUGAAACACUAACCAGCUGAAAAUAUCAAAGACUAUCCUGGAAAAACCUCAAACCUCCCUUCUAGGUCUAAAGUCUGCUGUAGAAAGUGAUCAAAAGCUGCACAACACUCAGAGGAGAGGGAAGCAAAGAGGAGCAUAUACGAGGGCGAAGAAUUGCGUGCAGGUACCGGGGCUGCCAUGGUGCGUGGAGGCGGCGUGGCAGUAGCUCCGUCCUGCUGGGGCCUUUGGGCAUUUGGCGCCCUGUCGCUGGUGGCACUGUGCUGGUCAGACCAAGCCAUCCGUUGCCCGGUGUGCUCCGAGGAGAGGUUAGCCAGCUGUCGCCUGCCGGAUGGCUGUGAGGAGACCGUGCGGGAGCCCGGCUGCGGCUGCUGCCCCACCUGCGCCCUGCCAAAAGGGGAGCACUGUGGUGUCUACUCGCCCCGAUGUGGCACGGGCCUCCGCUGCUACCCGCCGCGUGGCGUGGAGAGGCCACUGCACUCACUGAUGCACGGCCAGGGUGUGUGCACUGAUGAGAGAGAGGUGGAGGAGAACUCAGCAAUGGACAGGCAGGAUGAGAUCAUUCCUGACCACCCAAACAACAGCAAUAUCCGGUGCAGUCCACAGGACAAGCGUUGCAUACAGAAGACCCUGGCAAGACAUCCUUCAAAAUCCACAAAUCAGAGAAGCAACACCGCCAGGGAGGAGACCAAGGCAGCGCUGGCUCCAUGUCGUGCUGAGCUACAGAGAGCAUUAGACAGACUGGCGUCAAACAGCCGCACGCAUGAUGAUCUCUUCACCAUCCCCAUACCCAACUGUGACAGGAACGGAGAUUUCCACCCUAAACAGUGUCAUCCGGCACGUGACGGCCAGCGGGGAAAGUGCUGGUGUGUGGAUCAGAAGACGGGCAUGAGGCUGCCAGGCCCACUGGAGCUGCGAGGGGAUCUGGACUGCCACCAGUUAAUGACUGCUACCCUGAGAGAUUGAAGAGUGGAGAGGCUGUGAGGGUUCAGUACCAGCUGAAUUCUACUGGCCUUUAUUCGUAGAACUACACAAGGAAAGGACUUUGCUCUAAAGCCUCGCUUCACAAGAGGCCAACGGUACUUGAGCCUGUGCAACAAAAAAGAAACCAUUGAUUUGAGUUCUUUUGCUAUUUUUUUUCUGUGUGUGAGAGAGUAUGUGAGUCUUUUGGGCUCUUGUUGUGUAUUGUUUCUACUAUGAGAAUUUAAGACCGUUAAGUCUUAAAACACAUGUGCUUUGAAGUUACAGGAGGCAGAAAAAAAACUUCCACAGACAACUUCCUUGUGACUGUUGUUAGAGAGCAACAUGUGUUGUUUUCUGGAGUCUAAAAGUAUUUUUUUUAAAAGGUAUGAAAAUGCAUCAUUCCACCAGAUAAUCAGACCUAAGCUUAAAUUAGAUCUGUUAACAUUUGUUUUAAUCUCUCUGGAGCACUAGACCAGUUGUAAUUACUGUAUCAGAACAAUCCAGAAAGUAUAUGUGUAAGUGCGUACUAGUUUUUCACACAAUUUGUGUAAUUGGUUGUAACAUAUGGCUCUUAUUCCCUAACCCUUAUUGCCCGUAAACCCCACCCAUCUGGUCAGAAAGUCACAACAAAACACAAAAAGUGUUUGCAAACAGCGAUGAUGCAAGAGUACCAAUAAAAGAUGGGAUGAGAACAGAUAAAAGGAAAAAAGAAACAGGGGAAUCAAAGGAAUGCAACAAACCCCUGCUAUGGGUUACCAAAUGAUAAGCCAUAGCUUUUCACAACAUCAAGACCAAAGUGAAAAGUGAGAUUAGUUGGAACAACUGUAUCUCUGAAAGGCUAGAAUAGAUUUGCUUCAUCUCCCGUGGUGAACUCUGCUUCCUCUCUUUGCCGAAGAGCUCUCUUGCAUCAAGCUCCAGAGGGACUUGCAACAUAGCGGGGCUAGAAACUCUGUACACUGCUGAUAGGAUAAUCGUAUUUCUCCAGCUGGUGCUAAAAUGUCAGUGUGACUUUCAUGUUUGGAUGAAUAUUCUUCAAGGAUUUAUCUCUAAAACAGAGUGCUUGGCAGAACUUUAGUGGUGCUAUAUAUUGAUUGUGCCAAAAUAAAAUUAAAAUAAAAAACACUUUUGGGGCAUUUUUUAGGAUUGUAAAAGAAAACUGGGAUUUUCAGGAAGUGGAGCAAUUAGCAUCAGCAUGUGUGAGGAUCACUUAACUGUGUGACCACCUGCACUGUCUAUUGACAAAAGCUGCUUUCAAUGUGUGUUUUGGAUGUUAUUGAUGAUUACGCUCCUGGAAGCAUAGCAACUCCUGGUUAACAUGACGCUUUGACCGGAGGAGGUGCAGCAGUGAAGACAGCAUCAUGAUUAUGUGGAAGCAGAAUUUCCUCUUUUAAUUUGACAACACUGGUGUUCAGCUUUCAUAUUGUCUGUAGGGCAUCACACUAAUAGUUAAAGGAGUGUUUUACCAGUGCAAGUGACGUAGCAACUCAUUAAAUAUUUUAGAUACUGUAGGCGAGACUGGUAAUAUUCUUAUAGCAGUUGAUUGUACAGGCGUUGUGCAUGACGAGUUCAGGGCAGGGCAGCAGGUUUAAGCUAGUGCCGUUGUUUAGACAGCCUGCUCUAUCUGUUCCAUGGGAGACUUUGGGUAUAAAUGACUCAAGCACAAAUUCAUCUUCUGUGGAUAGACGGACAGUAUUAGUGUUGCUAUCAACCUAACAAAUCAUUGGUGUGUAGAUUACAGUGUAGUAAUGUCAGAUAUGUUGAACAGAAGAAAAAGAAGAUUAUAACGAGACAGAUAUUCACAGCUACUCUCACACAGUUUUGGUUAUUUCCAUGUAUUCACACACUGAUACUGCCCAAACAUCCGGUGAGCUUAAAAUAGGACUAUUAGAGCACAACACUCUGAGGGGAGGUCCAUUCAACUCCACAUUUAUUAAAAGGUGCCAUGAAAACUAUUGCUGUUAUCAUUAUUAGAAUGCAUUUUUGAAAAUGUUUACAUUUUAAAUUUUGUACAACUUUAUUUCCCCUAAAAUGCAGAAGUAUAUGCAUAUAUAAAAAGUAGGGAGUGAGAAAAGUAAACACAUGUUGGUGCUUUUCUCAUUCAGUUAUUGUGCAAGGUAGAAAAACAUAGAAUCUUCAGCUGAUAAAUCUAAUUGCUCUCACACAGUAAUAUCAAUACAGCAUAGUGGGGACAGUUCAAUACGGUAUGGGCCAGCCCAAUCCCAUAAUUGACAUCAGACUGAGGAUGUCUCUUCAGCGCAUCCUGAAGUUUCAUGAGGGUGACAUUUUGGAAAACAAUCUUUAUACUAUUUGUAAGGGUGUGUUUAUAGUGCACUUUGUCUUCUAUCAUUUUACUACAGCACUCACUUGUGAAAUUGGAAAAAGAAUAACUUAAAGAGAAUUACAACAAAUUUGCAAUAGAUUCAUAUCCUAUGUUUACUACAGAAACGUACUAUUAUCACUGAAGCCACUGGAAACAGAGUAUUGCCACCUGAUGACCAAUUUCGCUUGUCACUACAAAAAUAAAUGUAUCCAAAGUUAGUGCUACAGCUUAAAAUGGUCAAAAAACAAAUAUCAUAAAACCUGUUCCAAAGAUUGCAAGCAAAGUAUCUGGAGACAUCAAUACUCAUUCAGUGACCUGCAUGCACAAACUCCUUCUAAUCAUUUAUCAACUAAUGAAGUGUUACUUAACACAUUUCUCUGUUAAUGGUAAUAUUUGAAAGAGCAAAUGGCAAACGGUUUUGGCUUUGACAUUGUAAAGGCCUUCUGAACUUCAUAAACUGUGUAUUUACGUAAGCUAUAGUACGUUGCUUGAUCUCUAAACUUUCUGUACUGAACUGUAAUUGCAUUUCUCUGGAAUAGACUGUUCCAGUUUGCCUUUGAUAUUAGCUAUUAACUUGUAGAAGCCAUGGAUUAAUGUUUGCAUGCAUACAAAUGGACCAGUGUUGGAAACAUUGAAGGUCUUGUGUAUUUUGUCCAGAACAGGACCGUUGUAAUAAAACACUGUGUGUGAUGAAAGAACUGAAAUAUAGAGUUUCAACCAAUGAGAUGAUCAGUUACAUUGUAAAUGUUUACCUGAUGAAAUUGUACACAUUGUAAUACAUCAAUUAAAACAUGUUAGAAACUGU